AUGGCCGAAGUAGCAGGUCUCGUCAUAGGAGGCGUUGGUCUUGCCGCCAUGUUCGACGUCUGCAUGAAUGCUUUCGAUCGCGUCGAGUCGGGAAAAGCCUAUGGCAAAGAUUACCAAGAGGCGGCGCUGAGUCUCCGGACACUGCAGCUACGUCUGGCGCGCUGGCGUGAGACGGUCGAGAUUGUCGAGGACUCUUCUCAAGCAAACUAUGGAGUUCCAGUCGCUUCACAGGCGCAAGCUGAACUGCUGGGAGACCUUCUGGGCUCCAUCGAGGGGAAAUUCAAGGACGCAGAGAAAGCCGGCAAGCUGCACAAAUUCAAGAACCCGACAGCGCCACCACCGCCUGCGGAUGGCAGCUGGACGAUUAAUGCGCUGGAGGAAAAGGUACAGACCAUGAGCCUGGAGCGCCAGAAGAAGACGUCUGUUGCACAGAAGACACGCUGGGUGUUGCAUGAUAAGAAAUUCUUCAGCGAAGUCAUCGCCACGCUGACCCGGCAAAUCAAGGAUGUUGAGGAGCUCUUCCCGGCGAAUCAAUACCCGGUCCAGCAGACUGCCCUCACCAAGUACGUCCAACAGGACGGCAACGCGCUCACCAAAGCCACGCAAGAACUUGUCCCGCCGUCCGAGGUCGAGGAGCCAGAAGUCGCAGCGGCUGCACUUCUCAAAGCGACGGCGCAAGUGGAUCCGCAGCUCAAGGAGGUUCUCAACCAGAUCGUCCAGAACAAGACGGGCCAUACUUACGGGAAUUUGACGUUGACGGACCAGGCCAAGGCAUUGAGAGGCACAUUUGUAGCUAGCGAUUAUGACGGUCCGAGGGAUAUCAAAGGGCACCAAAAUAAGUAUGGCGACACUCAUGCGUCGGACCAAACCAAGGUCCACGAGGGCGAUGUCUAUGGUGGAAGAUACAUCCUGGAUGACUGA